AACAACGGAACCCGAACAACAAAAUAUGUGACCAAAUAUAAACAUGAAGUUUAAUCCUUUUUCUACGUUAGUUUAUUUAUUUAUAUUGUUUUCAUUGUUAACAGUUAUUGAAAUGCGUUUUAGUUAGUAAUUAAUAUUAUUUGUCAUCGAUGUAACCAUUACCAUUUCACCGAUGUCGGCCCAUUCGACAGAUUCGAUCGUCCACCGUCGGUCCAACACCAAACAGGUGCAUCCAGUGGUUGGACUGAAAAGAGUAUCUUUUCACGAAGACGUUAUUGAACCCAGCAAUGGCAAUCUCAUUCAAAUACGAAUUGGGGAAUGUGGUGAAAGAGAAGCGCCGGAAGGACAAGAAGACCCACAAUCAAAUGAAACAGUGUCUAAAGGUUCAGUUUUAAAAUCUAAAAAACAAAAGUUUCCUUCUCUUUACAUGAACAGUUCAAACGUUGAUCUCAAAUCCCAACAAGUCGUUUUAGACCAAAUACAACAGGAAAUAAAGAAAAAAGAGUGGAACUAUGUUUGGAAUAAACAUUUGGAUGUGGGAUCAAACCAACUGACUAAUAUAAUUAAAAGAGAUUUAUUAUUAAAAACCAAAGAAUCUAUUUAUAAAAUUUAUAGAAUGCUAAGCACUGGUGGAUCACCUUUAUUUGUAGUUAUUACUAAUAUUAGGUUUUGUGUUUUAACUAAAAAUGUAUAUACCAAACGGUUAGAAGUAUUCUAUAGUUCAAAUUUUACAAGACUAGACCUAAUAGCCUUAGGCCCGUGUGAUCAAACUGCAGUCUUUGUUAGCGAAAAAUCAAAAAAGUGUACCUUGAUAACAGCAAUAGAUGUGCAAUCGGCACUAGAAAUGAUUGGCAGUCUUGAAUAUGCUUACAGACGUAGUGGACUUUAUGACCCAAAUAAUGCAUUUGUUGUCAUAAAUAUCAACUGUGAUGAUAAAUUAUAUGAGUCCGUAAAAUGUCAAAUCUCAAUACCUAAGGAUGAAAAAAUCAAAUAUUAUACAUGGUUGUGGUAUUAUAAAGAAAGUGAAUCUUCAAAUAGUUCAAAAUCUCAUUUAGAAGAAUUUUUAAUGGUAAAAAAAGGAUCUAUAUGGAAACCACGAUUUGUGCGUUUAAGUGAAGAUAUUUUAUAUAUAUAUGACCAUCCAGAUCAAAAAUUACCGUGUGAAUCAAUACCUUUAAGAUUUGGCCGCUGUAAAAAAGUGAGAAAGAUUCAUUGUGAUCGACCUCACUCUAUUGAAAUUCUACUGAUUAAUUACCCAAUCAUUUUGGCACCAGCUGAUUGUAGUCAAGAAGAAAAAUGGUUUAAUGCUCUAAGUUAUUCUAUGUCAAAUCAUAAAAACUUAAAUGUUGAAUCCAAAUUACCUGAUGGAUACUGUUGUUUAUUGACCAAUAGCCAUAUAGUUUUGUACAAUUUCCCUCACACAAUUACAGACAGCAUGUUAUUAGUCAAUAUGGAUUCAUUGAAACUAUCGCCUUCUCCAUCACACUAUUAUGUUGUAAUUGAGUGGUCCUGUUACGAUGCAACAUUAGAGGAAAGCUGCAAUGAUUGGGUUGUGCAUUUUUCUUGUAAAUCAAGUUGUGAUGAAUUCAUAUCAUGGUUGUGUACUCUAAGACCGGAUUUAAAUGCUUUGGAGUUAGUUGAAAAAAAGUCUAUACAGAGACACCUUAAAAAUAGUGUACAUUUACAAAGCUCACUAUUUUAACUUAUUUUACUAUUUUUAUGCUUGUUUCAUUUAUUUAUCAUUAAUUUCAAACUGUCACAAAACAAAAAAGAUUGUGCUUUCACAUUUGUAGGAUUUACUAAUAUUGGUUAUAUUAAUUUUUACAUUAACAGAGUAAAAAAAAAGGUGCUUAUUUAAUGUUAAGUUUUUCUUAAUUUAAGUGAUUUAUUAUUUGUAUGUUACACCAAAUUGUGUUUUUAAAUUUUCAACUAAUACAAAUAAAUUAUACAGUGGCGUACUUAGACCUAUUUGUUGGGGCAGGUUAGACCAUAACUGACAAAAAUAAAAUAAAAUAUUUUAGUAAAAAAAAACUCACCAUACAGAGUACGCCACUUAAAUUAUAAUGUACUAUAUUAUAUGUAUUGAUAAAAUGUAUAAUAUUAAUUUCUGUGAUAGGAUUCUUAUAAAUUAUCAUUGUUGUUUAUUUGAUUUAUGCGAUAUGUAAGAUUUUUUAUACUUGAAUGUGACUGUUAAAAAUGUAAGAAACAACCCAAUAUAUGCUAUAUAUAAUUGCUUUAUGUAGAUGCAUAAAUAUAUUAAAAUAAUAAUCAUGACA